CUAUCGUUGCAGACCCCCCAUCGUACGUUGCAUCGACGUUAUGUCGUAGAUUUUGCAAGAAGAAAAGUUAUAGGCGAGUUUUAACAAUGCCCCGCAUAGAUCCAUUAUCGUUGCUGAAAUGUCUCAGUGUCCUACUGGGUCCAAAUGGUGGCAUCAAAAGUAAAGAAGAAGUUAUUCGUUUAGCAAACCUGAUGACAAAGUUUUCGAAAAAACUCGUGUCAAAAUGCAUUUAUAUACAGAUUUUGAAGAGCACAGAAUCUGGACUCCUCGAUCAGUUUAUGGGAGCUGGUGGCUGGAACCUUAUUCAUAUGUGGCUAACGGAUGGUAUCUUGGCCAAAAAUUGGGCUCUAAUUCAAGAGUUACUAGAACUCUUGUUGCUGUGUCCAGUUGAUACUAAUAGGUUGAAAAGCAAUCACUGUCCUAAACUGAUAAAGGGUUUAUCAAAAGAGGGUAGUCACCAUGGUGUUAGAACGUUAGCCAGUCGACUUGUAGAACAGUGGUUGAAAAUGGUUAAGGGAGAGGCUAUGCCUCAGACAGAGGCAGUUCAAGCUGCUUCUGUCGGUAGUUUAGCGAACAUUUCAAAUUCUGCACAGCCAAAUGCAAGUAUUACUCCUGUUACUAGUCAAAAUAUCAGCAGUGAAAAUGCUACAUCAAUUAAAACAAGUGAUUCUCCAGGUGUACACAGCUCCCCUGCCACCUGUUCUUUUCCUACUCAUCAAGAACCUGCUAAAAAUGCAUCCCUUUCCAAAACAUUAAUGAAUAAUUCUAGUGAAAAGCCACAAGUUAUUUCAACUUCAGUUUAUAAAAUUACCAUUCGAGAUGGCAAAGAGGUCUUAACUCAAGUUCAAACAGAUGCAGCUAACAUAAAUAACAUAAUAGGUGUGAAUAACUUGGAAAUAGAAGUCAAAGGUGGUGUCGGUAGAGUGCAUCUUGCGGAAGAAGAUUCUAAAUUUACUGAUAAAAGUGAAUCAAAUGUUCAAAGGACAUAUAGUGUUGAUAAAAAUAAGGUAGAAUCAGAAUCAAAAGACGCUUCUAAUACAGUCAAAGACGGUGUGGCUAGGUUGAACGAUGAAACUGAUUCUGUUAAAAGUAGGGAUAUUAAAAAUGAGAAAGAUGUAAUUAGUGAUGGUAGUAAGUCGACUAGUGAUAAGGAAAAUCGCGAUAAAAGAGACGAUAAGAAAGGUGUUAGUUCUGACAAAAAAAGCAGUCAUUUGCAGUCUUCUAGUAAAAGCUCCAGCAAACAUGGCUCCAGCUCAAAUAAGUACACUUCCACAUCAAGCAAAAGUAGCUCUAGUUCUCAGCGUUCCAGUUCCAAAAGUAGCAGUAGUAGCAUGUCGAGGGACAAGUCUUCCAAAGAUAAAGAAAAGGAUAGGUAUAAUUCUAGCAGUUCAUCAAAAAGUUCUAGCUCAAAGUCAAAAACUGAUCGUGACAGAGAAAGAGAAAAGGAAAAGGAGAAACAGAAGAAAGAUCAGGCGGAAAAGGAUAAGGCAACAUUAGAAAAAGUUCAAAGUCAGUCACUAACUUACAAAAUAGGAAAAAUUCCCAAGAAAAAAUCUGAUGAAGAAAAAUCCGAAGAUUCUUCCAAAAAGUCUUCAGUGGAUUCUAAGGACAGUAAAGAUAAAAAAUCCGUGGUGGUUACGGAAAAGAAAAAGAUUUCAAUAUCCAUUGAGAAUAGAAAAAAUUCUCAAGAUUCGACGUCUCGGCCUAAAACUGUCAAGACUUUCAAUUCGAAAUUUAGAUCAACCGGCCUCGAAGAAGAAGUUAAGCCCCCUCCUCCUAGAGGAUCCAAGAAACCAACUUCUGUACCUGAUAAAAAAGUAACACCGCCUCCCAAAUUUCCAUUGAAAAGAUCUUCUCCAAUCAAAGACCUGGGACCACUGGACAAAAAAGCUAAACUUAUUAUGGACUCACCACCAACUGACGAGAAGAAAGGAGGAAUCAAACUCAUUCCAGCAAAACCAAAGUGUACGUAUAUUUUCUUGAUACUACUUUCCAACACUUUGUUUCUAAUAUUUUUUGUUUUAAAGUUAUACUCGCGAGAAAAAUAUUCAAAGGUCAAGAGAUAUAAAAAAAAAAAAUCUGUGAUUGUACUAAAACAAAUAUCUUACUAUUUUAUAUUGCUUAACUUUUAUAAGACUGAAAUUCAAAAACUCGUUUAAUUUUUAAAUUAAAUUGAAAUAGUUGUUUAAAAAAACUAUUUGAUGUUACUAUUUGAAUAUCAGUCUUUAUAAGAAUCUAAAAUACACAUUCUAACACUUGUAUAUCGAGUUUGCAGGUGGACAGUCACAGAAGCAAUUGGUGCAAAGUCAUAAUUUUUCUCUAGUCAACACUUUUGAUAAAUAUAUUUGGCAACAAUAUUUGUUCAGACAACUAUUUGACAUAACAAAAACACUAUUUCAACUAACCCUUGAUUUUUACAGGCUUUCACAUGCACCUCCUAUUUUCUCAUUUUUAUAUUUUUCAUUACGUAUAUCGAUAUUUCAUUGUAAUUAUCCUGUAUCGGUAUCCCUUUCAAAAUGUCAGGAAAAUAAGUGAUAAUUAUUCAUCGGCAAUGCAAGUUUACGACGGAUUAUCUUCAGAAAAUUGGAAGAAAGAAGAGUGGAUCAUCACUGCGACAUUGGUUUAAAAUUAGGUGACCAAGAUCCAGCAGGUAACCUUCGAAAACAACAAUAAUUUAAAAAAUACGAAAAAUUGUGCAUUUCGCUAAAUGAAAACUGCUACAAAGCAAAGACAAUAAAAUCCAAUAUUGCGCCGUUAAAUAAGUUACCCACAAAACAUUUUUCGUUUCGUUUUUGUUAGAACCUUUUUCAGGCAACAAAAACAUAUCAUUAGAUGAGUGAUUUUUACAAUACAGUAUUACAUAACGCGAUUCGGUGUUUAGUGGGUAAGAGUGAAUGUGUGUGCGAGUACUGAAAUAAAGAAACUGAUAAAUCACCAACGUUUAAGCGGUAAUCGUUAAAUAGGUAAGACACCAACGAGCAAAUUUUUGUCCAUCUAUUUUUAAUCCCUUGUAUAUGUAUACCCUUUUUAAGCUUUUCAAUAAACUAUCAGAAAUCUGGAAAAAUAAAUUGGACUCUUGGGUUUCUUCUAUUACAACACGCAUUAUCAUUAUUCUCAAAAUGAUGAAGGAAAAAAAAAUCCGAAGUUUAUGCGUUAACCCAUUCAUCUCUCGAUUGAGCCCAUCCAGAUUUCCAUCCUCUCGGUAAAUAAUUCAUCAAAUUGCUCUAAAAUGACGAUUUUCAAGCGCUCGUAAUGGUGUUUCUUAUACUAGAUACUGAUUGCAUCAAAAUGCAUGAAAA